CCAUAUGGACAACUUCACCACAAGUAUAGCAUGAAACAACAGGCUCACCCCAAUUUACCUAUACGGUAGUCAAAUAAUUGCCUGGCAUGAUAAAUCAAGGGCGUAGGAAGAUCUUAAAUAUUGGUGGAGGAGGAGAUAGGUGUUUCCAAAGAGCCCACCCAGAUGGGGUCUGGGGCAUGCCUCCCCAGAAAAUUUUGAAAUUCCAUCCUUACAAAAUCAUAUUUUCAGUAAUUUAUGUCUAAAAACAUUUUUCUUUGGGUGGGUGGGGGUGCAUGGGUGGGGGUGCAUGGGUGGGGGUGCAUGGGUGGGAGGGGGCAAAACAUAUUUCCCCAGUAUAUUUAACAUGGGGGGACAGGGGGAGCUGUGUUCAAUGCAAGAUAACAUAAGAGAGUUCAUGACAGUAACAAUAAGGAAUAUAAAAAACAUGCAUCAAGAAACUAUUGUAAAACAAUUUAAAAUUUUGCUUGUUGAAUUUGUAGGGAUUCAGGAAAGUUUGAUCAUAUUUCCCCAUUGUUAAUUUAGAAUGCUUUAUUGGAGAAAUUUAAAAAUACUUAUUGAAUUUCUAUUUAUAAGGAAAAAUAGUAAAUAAAUGUUAUAAUUGUUAUGUGCUACAUUUGAAUACUGAAAUUGGCGAAUUUCUGCUUGAGAGAUUUCAGGUUGCAAGCGCCUGCUUGCUAUUUUGUGUAAAAUAUAAUUGGCACUGAUUUUUACGAUCAUUUAUUGGGACAAAAUAAGUAAAUAUACGUAGUUGAAUACUUUACAUAAAACACUAUUUAUAUAUAGUAAAGCCUGUUGGGCCCCUGCUUUCAAGGUUCUUUUCAGGGCCUCCUUUAUAGUGAGCUUAUAGUAAAGCCAAGAUAGCCCGGACCCUUCUGAGGGAACCAACUGACCCCUAUACACCAAGUACCAAAAGUGCAUAAUCAAUAAAUUCAGAAACAGUGUUAUCACAUGGCAAUCUUACAAAAUCUAAAAAAUAGUUCUGGGAAUCAGAACUUGUCCAUCUGGUAGUUUUGUGAGGAAAAGUGGUGAAUGCAGGUAGGUCACUCUGUAAUGGUAGUUAUAAAAGCAACAUAUAUACGAAAUAAUAUAUCACACAUAUACCUCAUUUUCCUCUUCUGGAAUUUCAUCAUCAAAGGAAUCAAGAGGGAUGUUUCUUUGCAAAGGCCUUACAUAUAUUUUUGCUUUGCCACAGACAUCCUUCAGUCGCAAACUGCAGAACGGGGGCUUGAUUGUAUGAAAUCCUCCAUUCUCCCCGCCUCCUCUCUGGUGCAAUAACAGUUCAUAACCGCCUGUAUCACUGAGUUUGGGAAAGGUUUUCAGAACUUCUUCAUGAAGAUAUACACUGCUAUCAUUCAGCUCCAAGAGUAUUGUAGUAUCACCAAGUCCUGCAUUACAAAGAUCAGUUUUUUCUUUCACAGAUAAAGGAGGGCAGUUGGUUGUGCUAUCCGCAAGACAAACAAAUUUAAACUUUGUUGCAGGUUGCUUUCCCUUGCCCUUCGUACUUUGUUUGCCUUUGCUUUUGGUAACUAAAUGACGAGUUUUCCCAAAGUUGAAAAGUCGCCUGUGCUCACUUGCAGCAUUGGAGGCAGUACUGGAAGAACUGCUUGUUGUUGCUUCACUCUCAGGUGGUCUGCUACUUGUUGUCUCUAUUUUUAAGUGAAUACAUCAAGAAUUUAUCAUAAAUUGACCAUUAUAAUGCUACUUUUUUAUUAGGGUUGCAUGAUAAUUUGUAAACUAGCAAUAAACUGUAAAGUUUGAGAGAAAAAUAAUGACCUAAUUUAAAUAAUCGCUCCUGACUAUUAAAUAUAUAUCAGUCCUCCCAAUACAAAAUUGCUUCCUACAGUAUAGUGCAGGAAAAAAUCGCAACUAAAAUUGCAACAAGUGCCAACAAUACAACAACUUUAAUACUGUGUAAUGUAGAAAAUGGAGGGGUAUUCUGCAAUCUAACCUGAUCAAAAGUCAAAUACGAGCCGCCAACACCAUAUCAUAUUAAAAUCAUAAUUAACUAUUUAUAUAAUACAUAUCAUGUACAUUGUACAGUAUAUGAAUAAUUCAUGUUCUUGAAUUUACAUAUUAAAGCGGGCCAGCCUGUACAAAAUGGAUAAGGAAAAUAAAACACUGAAUAUAUAAAAAGUUUAAUUACUUUAGUACUUUACCUGAUGAAGAUUUGUUGCUCCCUAAGGCCGAUAUUUGGUCAGCAACCUUCAGAAGUGUCCCUCUAACCUGAUUCAACUCCGCCAUUGUUUGAUAAACAUGUGUUUCAGACAGAGAUGAUUUUAGCGGGAAAUCACGGCAAUAUGAGCCCGCGAACAACAAAGACAUUGGAUUGCGGUUGGGUAUCAAAAGUUGGUCUUCAAAAAAUAAGUUGUGUUUUCAACCGAUAAACUGGUGAUCUUCAAAAACAAUGUUGUUAUUUUAAUAAAAUGAAUAUGAUCCUCAAAAUAUGAUAUGGUGAAAUGCAAAAGUUGAUUUUUGGCGGACAUGGGACACCAUAUUAUUAAACGUAGGAGACAUGCAUGCCACCCUCAUGAGAAUAGUAUUAAGGCAUUUUGCAUGGUUACAUAUGUUUACUUGCAAUGAACCAUAUACAAUAGUACAAACAAUGUUUGUUUCCAUUAGCUUGUAACUUUCUCAUUAAGGCCGUUUUCCGUGCGGAGCGGAAUUUGUCUUGUGAUUUCUCGGGUGGAACUAAUUAGAAAAGACAAGGAGAAAUUCCGCUUCGCGCGGAGAAUUCCUCCUCAAUAUUCUUGGAUAUUUUUAUCGACUGCUAAUAUUUGUGAUCAAUUGUUACAGAAAGCUGGCUCAAUUUGAUAAAUGGAGUAAAAUUGCUAUACAUGUGGCCAUGGACAAUACAGUAGUUAUAAAUGACAUCAGUGAGUAAUUUAUUUUUUUAUUAUUUUUCAUACCGUGUACCUUUCUGACAACGGAAACUUUUAAUUAAUCCUGCAUUUUCUUCAGCUACAGUAAGUGACAAUAUGACCAGCAAACUUUCCAAAGUAUUCAAAACCGUAAAUCCGACAUCUCCUACUGUACGUAAAGUAUCUUGACAUGAAACAUGAUUGCACUGAUUGGAUUGAUAGGAUGAGAUGGGGCUAGGGAAUGUUGGAGACUUGGAGUUAAUUAUACAUGUGUUUGUAUAUACAAUUAGUCUUUCUCACGGCCAAUGUUUCCGCCAUUGUGGGGGUACUGCCUCUCCUACGUUUGAGAGUCUCCGCACCACGAAAUACAACUUUUUAGUAUUAUAGUUGUUUGUAUAAUGGUAACUUUACAGUUACAACUUUUAAAAGUUGCUUUUCACGUUGUUUGGAUUGUCGUUAUUAUGACCAUUAAAAUGUGAAAAGUUAGCAGGGGAAGCAUGUUCCCAAGCCAGCACGUACCCGAGUCCUGCUCAGAACCCUGUAAUUGUUCGUAUAGUUUGAUAAACAAGCAGUCGUGUUUUGUCAUUCUGUUUUUCAUCAGGAUGUCUCUGCAAAUCACCUGUCAAUUCACCAAGGAAAGAAUCAGAUACAAGUUGUGAAAAUCAAGCCCACGCUGAAUCAACAGUACGAAAUAGACAUUACAAUCAAACUGCAUGCGAUUAUACUCCCAACACAAAUGAACCACUUUGGAAACCACUUGUCUUAUUUAUUCCACUUCGUCUUGGUCUUUCCACCAUGAAUAUGGUGUACGAAACUGCGUUAAAGGUACGUUUAAACCCUUUUCAUUGUUUGGGAAAUUCUCUUGGUCGAAGCCAGGAGAGGAAGUAAGGAUCAACUGGCACUCUUGGAUUCAAUGUUUCAGAUAGGAGAAUGAGGACUGAGUGGUACCUGUCUGGAGCUAACUGCUCGGACUUAAAAUAUAGUCUAUAAUGACCAGGGCUGCAAUUAAGGACCGGCAGGCGGCCACACAAUAACCGGCUACUUGCUUAUCAGUGGCCGCCUACUUUUGUCUCAACAAAUUUUAUACAGUAUAAACGAAAUGUAAGCAAUACUUUCUUCUUUUCAUCUCCUCUACUUCAGAAUAUCAAAAGUGAAACAAAAGAUGAUUCUAAACUGGCUAUAUAGGACAUUUUGUAAUCUUCAGAACUCUAUAAAAUCACCUCCCAAAAUGAAGGAUAUGGCAUUUAAGGGUGUUUAGAUUUUUUCGGGGGUUGCACCCAGACCACUCUAGGAGUCUUGCGCUAUCGGCGUUCAAUUAUCAUGUUAUACCUUUGCCCGGCUACUAUCACCUUUUGGCCACCUACUUCUAAAUUUAAUGACAGCCUUGAUGAUGAAAUAUCAUACUCAGUCCUCAUUUUCCUAUCUGAAACAACGCUUGGCUAACCUGUUCAUGGUUAUAAAAAGACAGUAGAUUGUUUAAUUUUUGUUGUUUGUAGAGAUGUUUUUCAAUACGUCAGUCUCUUGGUUGUAUUGGUGGAAGGCCUAAUCAUGCAUCAUACUUCAUUGGAUGUUAUGGUAAGAAUGUUAGUUUGUUCUAUAUAUGUAUAACUUUCGUUUUUAUGAAAAUGUAUUCGUGUGAUUAUAAAAACUCGUUACAGCCCAGGUAUCCGACUAGCCUGCAUGGUUGGCGAUAUUUGCCUGGAUCUCGGGUGUUCUGUCUCGGGUUUGGUAACUUGGUAGCGUGUUGGUAGUCUACCAUGUAGGCUAGGCAGCCUGUGACUUACCUGAUUGGCGAAUUUGUAUCAUAAUAUCUCGGCGUCGGCGAUCUAUCGACACAUCUAAUCUAGAUAUUAUUCUCUUUUAAUAUUUAAAAUAGGAAGCAAGUUGUUGUACUUAGAUCCCCAUGUUACUCAGAAUUCUAUUGUACCAGAGAGGUUUAGUGAUAUUCCUGAUGAGGUAUGUUGGCAUGUGUUUUUUCUGUGGAAGUUUGACAACAAAACUCCUUAAACUUGUCUACUUAGUUUUAAUGCUCGUAGCAAGCUGGUUAGAACCAAACUCUAACCCAGGGUAUUUUGUAUUUGAGAAAAUAUUUGUAACUUGUUUUGUUUGAUGACGAUGCCUGUUGACCGGGUAGGUGAAUCAUGCUUGCAGGACAGGCGACACUUGAAUCUUGCGUGAUCACACGGUUUUGAAAGUUAUAUUGCAGUGUUGUAGACUCGAGUCGCAAUUUUUGUGACUUGGGACUUGACUUGUUAAUCAGAUUAACGACUUGUAACUUGACUUGGACUCGAACAAAAUAGCAUGUGACUUGACUUGGAUUUGCAAGUUGCAAGAAAUGACUUUAUAACAAACAUAUUACGCACCGAUGGUGGCUGGAGUUUCCCGAACUCAACGAGCGAAGCGAGGUGAGUUCAGGAAACGUCCAGGCUCCCGAGCUGCGUCAAUGUCGGACGAACCUCCCUGCAAGUAGUAUGUUUGGUUUUUAUCCCAUACCACACAAAUACAAAAUUAAAUUCAUAUGCGAAACUGAUCUUUUUGUUGUUUUAGGACGCCCGCUCUUUGCGAUAUAUUCGUCCAUGUUUGUCAACAUUAUCGGCCAGAAAAUCACUGGGCUCUUAAUAUUUCUUCAUAUACAUCUAAAUUGCCUUCAUUCUAUUUUUUCUUUGUUUUUUUCUUCAGUCUCUGUGGGUUAGUUAACUAAAAAGAUCUUUAAAGUUUAGGUUUAUCAGCUAAAUUUUGUCCGCCAUUGUUAUUGACGCGGAUGGCAACGUAAGCAGCUUUAUCUCGGUUAUUGUCAGGGUUGUGUUGUUAAGUUUGUCAAAAGCAAAGUGUAUAGGUUUACAAUGUAUUGUACAUGUUCGUAGUUGUGAAAAUGUUAUCCAAUAGCACUUUUGGUCGGAUUGGUAUGCUCAGAGAGCCGCGUCUGUAAACGUCUUUCUGUUUUCCCAAUAUACGUUGCGGAACAGCCAGGACAUGUCACUUCGUAAACUGCAUUAGAUUUUGAAAGAUUCGGAAUUUUGUCUUUGUUGGAAAGAAAAUAAGAAAACUUUUUGUUGUCAUAAAUAACUAUAAAAUUUACAGGAACAGUUAGGCAUCUUUGUAUUUUCUUUAUGCAAUUUUUAACUAAAGUUUCAAUUUUUAACUCAACUUUGCUUUUGACAAACUUAACAACCUAACUGACGCUGACAAUAGCGUUUCCAAUUCUAUUUCCAACUUAAUUGACAACUCUUGAAUUCUUCACACUAUUAAUUCUCGCACACCUAAUUUUCACUUGUUGCAGCUCUAUAUAUCUAGCCUGCAUGGCAGGCCGUCCCUAAAAUCGGGAAAGCCUGGGAUUUUAGACCGCCUGCCAUGCAGGCUAUAUAUAUCAUGUACCAUUCACCCAGUUUAAACACUGGAUUCAAGGCCAUCAAAGAACUUAAGCUCUUUUCUUAAUCUAUACACCAACAUUUCAUCACACUUCUCACUGCACUUGUCGUGGUUCAGAUUGAGACUUCUGUUUGAUGUCAUCAUGCCUUGCCAACUUGUAUAUAAGACCAUGUAUAUAUUGUAACUAUAGUUAGUCUGAUGAUGAUUUUGUAAUAAAAUCGAAAUAUUACUCACUUUCUUGGUUGACUUAUAUUUUGGGUUUCAAAAUGCUAAUCUUCGGAUUAUGUUUUGUAGUAUAUUUUUUGUAAUGCUACAUAGUAUAAUAUUGUAUUGAUAUAAUUUCCAUGGCUGACUCCCAAGUAGUUCAUGGUAAAAAGAACUGUACAAAAUGACUUGUGACUUGACUUGGACUAAAUGACUUGUCACUAGACUUAACAACUCUGUUGUUUGCCACCUGUCGUAAAUCCUAUAAAUUCCCCCAGUAGACUAUUGCACAAUACAGUAGAUCUCAUUCAAACUUUCUUUUAUUUUCAGACGUACCAUUGUUGUGUAUCACCUCCUUUCAGUAUGAAUAUUUCUGCAAUUGAUCCUUCGUUAGCUUUAGUAAGUGCAAUAUUAUUAUGGACUUAGACCGAUGCAUUCCAUGGUGGAACGAAUUUUACAGAUUAAAGUGUUGCAACAUUGCACCACAAACCCUGGUCCUAGAGGAGGCUCUUUAUGCCUGGUUCACACUGGUCGUAAGAAUCGGGGAUUUCCAUUGUCUGUGGUCAUUGGUGUGUAAAAUGCUUUGUCGGGAAAGAAUACAAUAGAUCGCCGAUGCAUUACAACCAAUGUGAACCAUGCGCUUUAGCAAGCCUGACUCGUACCCAGGCGCUUUAAAUAAUUACAGGUAGGCAGGCGACGCGCGAAGGGGCUGUUGGGAAAGGUUCAAGUGCACUCUUCCCAUCAGCCCCUUCGCCAUCUCUCCCCACUACAAUACUUCAUGUAAAUUCGUCAUAUGCGCAUCACUGUUUUUUUUACAAAGAGAUGCCUGGGUACGAGGCAGAGCCACUGAACUAUAUAACAUUGAAGUCUGACUCGAGCUCAAAAAGUGAAGCCAACAUGGCGAAAAUUGAAGGCAUUCUUGCGCGUCAUUCUCAGUCCCCUUACGUGCGCGGUCAACAAAACUUUUAUAUUUUUCUUUAUUUUCCGAGCAUAAAUUUGAUGAAAAACAGACGAAAUUUGAAUGAAAACUUGAAUUCUGAUGUUUUGUUUGGGUUCAGUUCUAAAUUUUAAUUAUUAUUUAUUUAAAAGAUGCGAUAUUUGAGUGGAAAGAAAGCAAAAUAGCGCGGGAUUGCUGUUUUUGUAAAUGACAAAGAGUGACAAAACAAAACACAAAUGUCACUCUAUUCUUUCAAAAUAUCUCUACUGCCCCUAUCGACAAGGGUUUCACACACAUAAAUAACUCAUUAAAAUGAACAGUUUAAGUUUAAAAGGCAAUCAUCAAAGUGAUUUUAUUAAAUAAAAAAUAAAAAAACAAAAUUUUCUUACAUGUAUGGAAUUAAAUUGGCUAAAAAACUGCCUCGAAAACUGCAGUUAAAAAGCAGUUUUAGGUCAGGAAAACGGACUAAAAUAAGCUAAAUAAUGGUGUGAAAACUGAAAAGCACCAUAGAAACAAGAAAACAAAACAACCAAAGCAAAAAUAAAUUCCCAAUUUAUAAAAAUACAGAUUUUAUAUAAAAAAAAAACAAAAAAAAGUUUGAAACUAGUUGUUGAAUUCGCAACGAAAAAUACAGAUUUACUCACACAUACAGUGGGAAAAUGCAGUAGACAUAUCUAUUAGAUGAAGGAAAUCAGGUUUACAUGAAAUAAAUAAAGUUUAUUUCCUUUUUUGCUCUUCUAAAAUGAAGAAAAACACAACCCGAGAGUCGCGGACCCAUCACUUCCCGCCAUGAAAAUACAAAAAUUGUUUUGGCCGCGCGGGUAAGGGGACUGAGAAUGACGCGCAAGAAUGGCUUCAAAAUCCGCCAUCUUUGGCUUCACUUUUUGAUUACGUCAAUGACUGAAGUCAGCCUUCCAUGUAUAUAGUUCACUGGGCAGAGCAAGCGACGUUUUUGUCAACACAGACGCCAUAUUACCCAGGGAGAACUGGAUUAAAAACUGUGUUUGUGUCCGUUUGUGGUAAUCUUCAAAAUAUACUUGCUUGCCCAAACAUAAAGUUUUAAAGUUUUUUUCGCUUCCUUACACGAGCACUAUAAUGCAAAACGCCACCAGAAUUAGUUAUACCAAUGUUCGAGUGAUGUCCGUGUUGACAAAACGUCGUUAUUAACUAAUGAUUCUUUGUUGCCCGAGAUUUCUCAUAUUGAAGAGUUUGAUGGUAGAAAAGUUGUUUAAGUUAUAUUUCUCAUAUUGAAGAGUUUGAUGGUAGAAAAGUUGUUUAAGUUAUAUUUCUCAUAUUGAAGAGUUUGAUGGUAGAAAAGUUGUUUAAGUUAUAUUUCUUAUAUUGAAGAGUUUGAUGGUAGAAAAGUUGUUUAAGUUAUAUUUCUCAUAUUGAAGAGUUUGAUGGUAGAAAAGUUGUUUAAGUUAUAUUUCUCAUAUUGAAGAGUUUGAUGGUAGAAAAGUUGUUUAAGUUAUUGUGAGGUCUACUGGGUUCAUGUAAACUAAUAUUUCAUGUUCUCGUCAUUUAUAGGGUUUUUAUUGUGACACAGAAAUUGAAUUCGAUGACCUUUGUAUUUCGUUAAGAGAGGUAGAGUUGCUCAAGAUUUAAAAUAAAUAUUUAAUUAAAUUAAUUGUGAAAUAAUUCAUGAAGAAAACACAAAAGAAAUCAUGAGCGUGCAGGAGUUUGUAUAUCUGAUACAGAAUCAUGCUAAUUUACAUAAACUUUAGUUCAAUUUUCCCACCAAAUAUCAUUCAUAUACUUUAAAUUGUUGAAGAAUACGAAUGUUCUCAUCAAGACGUUUCACGCCCGUGUUGCAUGUAUCGGAUAAACAAACUCUCGCCUUCGGCUUGUAUAUCCAACACGGCCGCUCAUCAUUCAUGCAGGAAAUUCAAAAGAAACGAAUGUUUAAUUAAUCAAUAUCUGAGAAUCGGAUACAGACAUUCAGUUUCUGUCGAUGCAAGCUCGCUUUUGUACAUGUAAAUUAGCUAUUCAGCUGCUCAUGUUAUAUAUUACUUAAAAAUGAUUUUCAAUUUCGUUUCGACGAUGUAGCAAUUAUCAUGACAAUAUUUCGAUAUCGUAUAUCGCUGUGAUAAUUUCGGGUUUUUUUUAACACUUGAGUUUGUCUGAAAAACCGUUUUGUUCUCAGCUUUUGUUGUAGAAUUCAGCUUCAUUCAGACUUGAGUGUUCCAUUUCUAUUAUGAAUAGAAGGUCCCCAUUCCUUAUGACUAUAGAAGCGUGUUUAUUCAUUGUGUUCCGCAGUUGCAUGUGCACAAUUCGUAGUCAGUGUUGUUGUAAUUAAGAGGAGAUUUUUUUGUAUGUUACGUAACACGCGCUCAAAACUAAUGAAUGUAAUAUACCACUUGCUGUUAUGACUAUACAUCCAACAUUUCUAUUUUUCGAUACGUUUCUCAAUCGGCAAACAAACUUAGAAAGUAUGUUUAGUCCUUUAUCUGUAAAAUAAUGCCAAAAUGAGGAGAUUUUAGAUGGUACGCCAAAGAGAAAAUGAUAUCUGAAGUUCAGCAAGUUUGGCUUAAAUUUCUGUAAAUAUGGCGUGACUUUUAAAGCGUUACUGAUUAUUGUAUUUUAAUUGGCAAUUUUUUGCUAUUUAUGUUUCUCAACCGGAAAGUAUUCAAAAAGGUUGCUAACUUUAUAAACUAGAGAAUAAAGCUAAAACAAAGCAAUUUUGAGAGGAACGCCAAAAAGAUUUUAGGUUUUGAACACUUUUUAUCGCAAAUACGUGACAUAGAAAAAAAUUGCCUCUUAAUUGUAAUUUUGUAUUUCUGUAGAUCAACAAAUCAUCAUCACGUCCAAUCUUUGAAAUAAUUGAUAACCGACCUCCUCACUGGCCACCGUAUGAAGUGCCCACUCAGCCGAAUGUAGGUCAGUAAUGGCUCUGUCGAAUCACGAUAACCGUGGUCGAAUAUUGCUACGGUCAGUCGUUAUCAGUCACAGUUAUGUAGCUAACGAGGUUACACCUUAUAUUGUUAUUAAUGUAUCUUUGAAGACAGUGUGACAUGAAUCUAUAAUACCGAGCUUUGAUCUAUAACCGUGGAUAAACCUUUCCGCUGAUCAUAAGCGAGAGGUAACGCAGGCGCAGAACGACCAGUUACACAACCUCGUACCCAGGGCUUCUGCGCUUAGAGCCGCAAGCGCGAUUGAAUACGAGGUUGAGACACACAUCGAUUGAUUACCUUAUAGUCUAGGAUCUAUAUAUGAGUUUGUAUGCGUUUCAUUUAGCACAGGUAAUCUCAACUGUUUUAGGGUAAAAUGACCAUGGCGGUCAACAUGGUAUGUGUGCCCAAACCUGAAUCCGGGACGAAAGUCCUGAAAAUGACCCCGCCCUGAAACGGCAGUGUCGACAUAGCUCUAACUUCCGAAAAGGAAAAGCAAUAGCCUUUCUGAAGUGCUUAUAGUGUUCAGAAGGGUUGGUUUUAGUGGUGGUCAUUGGAAGGAAAAAUUUGUCUGAGUAUAAUAUUUUGCAAGAAAAUGAAAAACAAUUAUCAUGGGGUGAAAAACUAUGCUCAAUUUAAUAUAAUUGUGGAUUGUCGUUAUUUUCAUUAAAUAUAAUACAUUUUAUUUCAUUUACCCCCCACGAAAACACGAUUUCAGCCAUAUUUUGCCGUCUUGUUUGCUUUUUAUCGCCGAAUCUGGCAAAUAUCAUCCAGUUGUUGUACUUUUACAUAAUCAUGAAUGGCUGAAGAAGAUUUCAAAGAAGGUUUCAUCAAAUUUGGAAACAGUGCAGUGUAUUUUAUCUUCGAUAUUUCGUGAAAUAUGGCGCCAAUCCCAUAUAUGCCAUAUAUGGCGCCGAAAAAUUGAAAACAUUAGCUGUAUUGAAAAAAUUGAAAACAUUAGCUGUAUUGGAAAGGAGAAAACCUCCCAAUACAGUUGUCUUGUCAGAAUUUAAAAGAAGUAAUUUAAAAGUCACACACAAGUUCGUGAAAACUCCUCGUAGGCUACAUGACAGGGUCGCCACCACAGAAACCUAACUAAAUACACUAUAUUUAUUGAAUGUUUAUGAUUGAUGAUAAAAACAAUAAAUAUUUGCGUAUUUUUAUCAUCAAUCAUAAACAUUCAAUAAAUAUAGUGUAUUUAGUUAGGUUUCUGUGGUGGCGAACAAACGUUUCGUGAAAAUAUCCCCCCCCCCUGUCAUGUAGCCCACGAGGAGUUUUCACGAACUUGCGCGUGACUUUUAAAUUACUUCUUUUAAAUUCUGACAAGACAACUGUAUUGGGAGGUUUUCUCCUUUCGAAUACAGCUAAUGUUUUCAAUUUUUCGAUUGGGACUAUUCUACAAUGAAUUACUUCUGGAUACUGUAAUCUAAAUACAUAGAAAAAGAAACAAAUUCGGAAAAAUAAGGUCAUCUUGAAAUUCAAGAUAUGAAUUAAAACAAGACGAGUGUAUGACACUGUAAAUUUUCGACUUUAUUUCAAAGUCAUCACCAGACAGAAUGAAAUACAAUACGUUAUACAUACAGCAUAUAUACAGAGCAAGAGCGGAAGAAUACACGACACCGGAAAAAAGAGGAUUAACAAGGCAAAGACUUAGCUACUAAUACUUAGACUAAGUUUAGUUAUUUUACACAAUUGUAUGUAUAUAUAUUAUAUUUACAAUAAGAAAACAACUAACCCGACUGUCAGAAAGUGGAGAAAGAAGGUAGACAAAGAUAGCGUCAAAAGUUACCUGUUAUGUAAAUAGUUGAAGUUCUUUGCUCGCUUUCAGUCCUGUGUUAAGUUGUAGGUGGUUCUGUUUAAUAAGUAAAGCUUCAAGGAAGGCAAGAAUGUCGUAACUGUUGGAUUUAGUAAUGUGCAGAACUCUGAAGUUACUGUCUUACUGAAAAAUAUCGAAGAAAAAUACACUGCACUGUUUCCAAAUUUGAUGAAACCUUUGAAAUCUUCUUCAGCCAUUCAUGAUUAUGUAAAAGUACAACAAAAAUAAUUUCUGCCAGGCAUAUUUAUAGUUAUUUUGUACAUAAUUAGCAAUUUACCUGGGGUGAUGCAUGGUCAUUUUCUUCCAAAAUAUUAUACUUAGACAAAUUUUUCCUUCCAAUGACCACCCCUAAAAGCAACCCUUCUGAACACUAUAAGCACUUCAGAAAGGCUAUUGCUUUUCCUUUUCGGAAGUUAGAGCUAUGUCGACACUGCCAUUUCAGGGCGGGGUCAUUUUCAGGACUUUCGUCCCGGAUUCAGGUUUGGGCACAUAUACCAUGUUGACCGCCAUGGUCAUUUUACCCUAAAACAGUUGAGAUUACCUGUCCUAAAUGAAACGCAUACAAACUCAUAUACAGGUCCUAGACUAUUAUAGAAAAGUUGAAAUAAUUGCAAAGUAUUCUAUGUUUUUAGAUGGAGCUCAUCUCGAAUUUGAAACCGUUCAGUCAGACAUCGACGAAGAAUAUGAAAUAAUUUAA